AUGGGAGGAGAUAAAAGGAAACAAGACUUGCUCUUUGGCAUCAAAGCAACAUGUAAUGAUGGCAAGUUCACAGAGUUCUUUGCACAAUGUGGCUGUGAGAACAAAGUGCUUUACUCUUGGGCCACCUCUCCUCCUGCCAGAGAAGCACCGACUGCAUUGCUUUCCCCAACCUUCAAUGACAUUGUAGCAGAGGAGGCUGCAGAUCUGGCUCUUCACCAGAUCAAUGUUGACCCAAAAAAAGGGCUACAUAGUCUCUACCGAAUUUUCAGUGUCCGAGAACAUCCUCAGGAGAUCACUGGUUCUGUCUUCUAUCUCAUCUUGGAUGUAGUAGAUACUGAAUGCCAUGUACUCAGCAAAAAGUUGUGGAAGAACUGUAUGGCCAGGUUUGCUCAUACAGCUAUUUAUGGUCAAUGCAAAGCAAUUAUCUGCGUUAAUCAGGCAAGAAAUACUGCUCAUCUGAAUACUUAAGAGGACAUGUUACAACCAGUUCCACCCAGAUAUAUUUGGACAGUAUGUCCUGACUGCCCAGUUGAUGACUGUCCAACUGAGCCCAAAUAUUUGGAGGCUGCUGUUCAAAGCCUUGCCAAGUUCAAUGAUAGUGAGCACACUCAUUAUUUCUCUGUCCUCAAUGUCACAAGAGCUUCAAUGCAGUGGGUUGUAGGCCCUGCAUAUUUUGUAGAGCUUUUAAUUCAGGAGACGUCCUGCUCCAAAAAGGACACGAUUGCUGACAUCUCCAAGUGCAAGCCACUUUCACUGGAACUAUCUCAAAUAGAUUCCUGCAAAGGUUCUGUAGUAAACAGUCACUUGGAAAAUGAGCAGUUUGUCACAAUAUCCUGUGAAAUCUACAGUCUGCAGGAUCCUGCCACUGAAGAGAGGAAACAGCAAGCUAAUCAGACACCUGGAAAAUCCAGCCAGAAUCAACAAGAUUUCCCUUCAGAAACCAAUCCUUUCUCCCCACACCUAGAAAAAACAGUGGGCUGCUUUAAAAUUCUAUCCCCUUCAACUGAGGACAUCUCUUUCCAAAACCUACCAGAAAGUCAAAAUGAACAUAAAGAUGGAAAGCCAUUUCCACCUGAGGCUGUAGGAUUUACACCCAGUCUUGAUGAAGAAAACAAACCAGAUUUGACCAAACCAGUCACUGGACCAGUUAUUCUCCCUUGUCCUGAAGCUUUAUCAGACUCAUGCCCAGGAGAAGCAAAGGAGAUAAAUUCCAUCCUCCAGCCUUUGCUGCCUAAAAAGCCUACCAAAGUCUAG